AUGAAAUUCCCUACUAUCUUGAUCCUCAUCAGCAGUCUUGCGGCCAGCGUCUUGGCCGCACCACUCCACAACCACUCCGCGGGAAGCCUGAAGACCACAGAUCGCCCGGUACAAAAGCAGCCCGCAAACCACGAAAGCACGUCCAACACUCCAUCAGAAGGCGGUGCGGACGCACCAAUUACCCACGUACCAGUCACUGUCCCCGACAAGGGGGUAGUGCCCUCUGAGCACAAGGAUGUGGCCACGAGCCAGGAGAAGCGCCAGGGUGAAAAUCUUGGCCUCAGACAGGACGUCUGUGAAGAUCUUGGCGUUUGUAUUCCGGGUGUAGUUGUGCGGAGGUAG